GAUAAAGUGGCGGCGCAGACGCCGCGCCCUGUCGCUACAGAGCGGGCAGCGCGCAGCUCGGCCGGGCCCUGACCCGCCUCAGACUAGGACCCGUGGCACUCCGGGAACGCGACAGCGGCGCUCGUGGCCCCGGACUUGGAGAUCCUUUCGGAAUUAUGCCCGAGGAAAGUUCUCCCAAGCGGACACCGCAGAACAUUAGGUACCAGGACCUCCCUCACUUGGUCAAUGCCGAUGGACAGUACCUCUUCUGCAAAUACUGGAAACCCGCAGGCACUCCCAAGGCCCUCGUCUUUGUGUCCCAUGGAGCCGGGGAGCACUGCGGCCGCUAUGAUGAGCUGGCUCAGAUGCUGGUGGGGCUGGAGCUGCUGGUAUUUGCCCAUGACCACGUUGGCCAUGGACAGAGUGAAGGGGAGAGGAUGGUGGUGUCUGACUUCCACGUUUUCAUCAGGGAUGUGUUACAGCAUGUAGAUUUUGUGCAAAAAGACUACCCAGGAGUUCCUGUCUUCCUUCUGGGCCACUCCAUGGGAGGUGCCAUCGCCAUCCUCACAGCUGCAGAGAGGCCAGGCCACUUCUCUGGCAUGGUUCUCAUUUCACCUUUGGUUCUUGCCAGUCCUGAGUCUGCAACAACUUUCAAGGUCCUUGCUGCAAAAGUUCUCAACCUUGUCCUGCCAAACAUGUCCCUGGGCCCAAUCGACGCCAGUGUGCUCUCUCGGAAUAAGACAGAGGUUGACCUUUAUAACACGGACCCCCUUAUUUGUCGGGCUGGACUGAAAGUGUGCUUUGGAAUCCAGCUGCUCAAUGCUGUCUCGCGAGUGGAACGGGCACUCCCCAAGCUGACUUUGCCCUUCCUGCUGCUCCAGGGUUCUGCUGACCGCCUGUGCGACAGCAAAGGGGCCUACUUACUUAUGGAGUCUGCCAAGAGCCAGGACAAGACACUCAAGAUUUACGAAGGUGCCUACCAUGUUCUCCACAAAGAGCUUCCUGAAGUAACCAACUCUGUCUUCCAUGAAAUAAACAUGUGGGUCUCUCAAAGGACAGCAGCAGUGAGAACAGGGUCUCCACCCUGAGGGCACUGACUGGGCAGCUGUCCCACAAUUGGGGAAGUGGGCAGAAGAAGGGCAGAAGCUGGCUUCUUAGAUGUGACUUGCAAAAAAAAAAAAAUCACAAAUUGGAGGAAUCUCUAGCAUAAUUUACUAAAGAAAAAAAAAAAAGACAUCCUUGUCUUAUGUUAUGCUGACCAUCACUGGAUCUAUCUUAAAAGGUAGAGACUUUAUGCUAAAACAGAGAAGGGUCAAAGGCAGUUUUCCAGGGUUGAAAUGACCUUAAAACAGAGCGCAGUCUCUGCCCUGCCUCUCCUAGCUCCCUCAAGGUUUCCAGGAAUUCCUGGUGUUCCCUGACACCUGGCCGCAAUAAUUGGAGGAAUCCCCUCCUUCCCACCUCUCCAAUCCCCACCCUCACACCUCCCCACCAGCCUCACUCUGUGGCCUUUCUCUGGCUGUGGUGGGAUGGAGUAGCUGGCGUCAGCUUCCUGGGCAGACUCAUGUGCCCUCGGAAUGCAUAGCCCUCCAUGAUCCUUGUCAGCUCCUUGUCAGCAAGAGCUAGGCUUUGGGGCACAGGGACAGAAGCUGACGGAAGACUCCCGCUUCCUUCCCACCAGGGAGCCUGAGGCUGCUCACUGAGAGCUGUGUAUUAAGGGGUUGCCUGCCUUUGUGUGACUCAAAUUUUUCCAAGACAUUAUGAGAGGAUGAUUGUAUUGAAAAGGAAAUGUCUAAUAUAUAACAUAUACUCUAACGUAGAGACUAUUUGGGUGGGUAGGACCAAGGGGCUUGGAUGAUACUUCUGCACAGGAUUGUGCUCAAGGUGCCAAGGCACAGCCUCCAGGAGGCAGGGCCUGGAGCACCAGCAUUGGUGAUAGCAGACUUCUCUCUGGUCUCCACCAGCCUGGGCCCACAGCCACCCUGGGAGCUCAGUGCUGAUAGCACAGCUACCCCUGGUGGCAGGAGAAGGGAGUCUCAACUCAGUGGCCCUGAGGCCACAGCAGUAUAGGCAGGUGAGGCUGGCUGACAGGGCUGACUUUUCCCAGCCGAGGCCCCGCAGCACCUGACCAACCUUUCUCAGGUGCCAACCCUGACAGCCCAUGGCCCUCACUUAGAGCCAGCAAUAAAUGGAGAUCACUGCCCACCACGGGAAUACCUUCACUCUCAAUGGGACACAGUGUGACCUCGUGAAGCUCCUUAGUACAACCAUGACCAUGGAGAGGGACAGGCACACAGGGCCGUUGGGGGGCUCCUGCUCUGUGUUGAACCCCAUGGAAGCUGCAGGCAGGGGCCUCAGGCUGUAGAAGAGGCAGCCACUCUCCUGCCAGGGCCUCUGACACUAGGAGUUGGGGCCCCCAUUCUUCUUCCACAGUGGAAAUGCAGCCCCUCACCCACACCCUGUUCUUCGGGAGAUUUUUCUAGGCCCUGGAGAGGAGAGCCUCUCCACCCUCCCUCCAGGGAUCUGCCCACAUCAUGGCAGAGCUGGAACUGGUCCCCCUCCAACAGGCAGCCCAGUCAUGCUUGCCCAGGGCCAAAGCUUGUGUUCUCCUGUCCCUGCCUCUCAGGAGAGGCAAACUGCCCAGGCACCCACCCCUUGGUGGGCAAGGCCCAGGUUCCCACAGAGAGCCUCUUCCAUUGUCCCAUCUUAUUCCUCUGGUUUCUCUCUGAGGGAGAAAAAUGUAAGAAAUGCACUAAGAGAGAAGGUCAGUGCCUGUUGUCAGAAGUUGGGCAGCUGUGUGAAAGUUUGUGCUCCUCAGCUAAGGAAAAGCAGAAACUAUACUGCAAACUUUCAAACCUGCAAGACACUGAGCUCAGACCUGGAAUUCUUGCUGGAGCUGAUAGCUCAGGUCACGCAAAGUCCCCAUGCCUCCCACCCUCCCACCUCUCCCAGAAGCAUGUGACAGCAACACCACUCCCCAAAUUACUUAUCAGGUACAUGGUUUAACCAAGAAUAUUUUGGAUGCAUGAAUUUAUGUGUAUGUAAUCUCUUAUAGAGAUAAAUUCAGUCGCAUUUACAUAUCUAGUUAAAGAAUCACCUAUGUUAAAAGAAAAAAAUAUAUAUUUUAAACCGAGACUGACUCGUAAUCUAGGAGAAGGAACCAUGCCACGCCUGCCAGCUGAAUGAGGAGCAAGGGUAGGAGCCAGACAUCAGCUGUGUCUGGAGUCUUACCUAGGGUACUCCAGGAAAACUGUGUGAGUCUCCAGUUGAGUUCAUUCUCAAAGUUGACAGCCCUGUGCUACCAUCCAGAGCUUCAAAGUCGUGCCAUGGCAGUGGAACAGAAGAGCUGGGUUUGGAAAGGAAGCUAGGUCACACACAGCCUGGCCUUGAAAAUGUGAGAGGAGGAAAAUGGCUGGGCGGGGAGGAGACUCUGGAGAUGCAGCUAACUCACACUCAACUGGCAGUUCAGAUAAAUCAGGAUACUAGGCCCAAGUACUGAUGUGAACACACCACCUUCCCCUGUAACCCAGAGGUUAUGCUGGUCCAUUAGAGAAAUGGGUUUUAUCCCUGAAAAUCUUUCUAGGCAAAGAUGCCACCAGCAGCCAGUGGGAGUCCUAACCCCACCAGGCCUCAUUCCUUUGCAGGGAUAGAGGGUGGAUGGGCAGCCUCCCUGCCACCCAGUGAUGACCCCAGCUUUCCUGCUCAGCUUCUGGGGGACAUUGGGGCUCAUAGCAAGGACAUGAAAGGGUGCUCUGAACACCUACCUGGCUCUGCUUGGCACUCCAUGGCAAGGCCCCAAGCUACCUUUUCUUUCACUUGCCAUUGCUAACAUAAACCCAUUAGGAUCACAAUGAUUUUCCAAGCAAUUCACCUGUUUGCUAUUGUCACUGCCGCCUGACAUACCCCUACGUGUAUGUUGUUAGUAGAUAUACGCGUAUCAGUUUAGAACUAUUAAACCAAUGUAUGCCACAGCUAAUCCUAAUAAACCAGACGUUUUCUGAA